GUGAAUACACAUAUAAAAGCUGGUUUGCACAGAGCUGAGGCUCGAGGACGCGAAUCACAAUCGAGACAUGGCCAUGUUCUUGCUUGUCAGCUGUUUUGCCCUUGUGGCCUCUGUGCUGGGGUGUGGAACACCUGCGAUCAGGCCCCAAGUGAGCGGAUACAACAAGAUUGUAAAUGGGGAGAAUGCUGUGUCUGGGUCCUGGCCCUGGCAGGUGUCACUUCAGGAUUAUAGUGGAUUCCACUUCUGUGGAGGAUCACUGAUCAACCAGUACUGGGUUGUCACUGCCGCUCAUUGCCGUGUGUCUCCUAGAAGCCACCGUGUUAUCCUGGGAGAGCAUGAUCGUCAGUACAACAGUGAGCCAAUUCAGGUCUUGUCAAUUUCCAAGGCCAUCUCUCACCCCUACUACAACUCCCAGAACUUCAACAACGACAUCACCCUUCUGAAGCUGUCUUCCCCAGCACAGUUCAACAGCCGUGUGUCUCCUGUGUGCCUGGCCUCCUCCAGCACCAGCAUCCCCUCUGGAACCACAUGUGUCACCACUGGGUGGGGCAGGACCGGCCAAACCUCAAGCCCCCGCUACCUCCAGCAGACCGCCCUGCCCCUGCUCAGCCCGGCUCAGUGCAAGCAGUAUUGGGGUUAUAACAGAAUCACUGAUGCCAUGAUCUGUGCUGGCGCUUCUGGAGUGUCCUCCUGUCAGGGUGACUCUGGUGGUCCUCUGGUCUGUGAGAGGAGUGGAGCGUGGUACCAAGUGGGUAUUGUGUCCUGGGGCACAUCUAACUGCAACGUGCGAGCCCCUGCCGUGUACGCCCGUGUGUCCUACCUGCGCGGCUGGAUCGACCAGAUUGUUGCUUCCAACUAACGUGCAAAAUCACAAAAUCUGCACUACGCAUGUGCUUUGCCCCACACUUCAUCGCCCUGCUCCUCUCUGUGAUCAACAACUGAUUCUCUUCAGCAUCGAUAUCAGCCAUCACAAGGAUGUUACUUGUUCUUUUGAUUCUGAAUGGUAGCAAUCACUCUGUGUACUUCUGUGUUUGGUGCAUUUGUGAGAAAUCAAGCAUAAAAUAAAAAAAAAACCCAUAACAACAA